AUGGAAGUAAUUGAAACACUAAAUAAAUAAGCACUUGCAUAAACUGAUUCUCAUCUAGCUCUUGAAAUCUUAGAAUAAGCAAUUGGUCUAUUAUAAUACAAUGCUGAUUGUGGUAAAAUCAUAGAUCGUAAUCUCAUCGUUACUAUCAUCUAUAAUCUUGCAGGUGUUAAUCAAGCGUAUAUCUAUUUCAAACUAACUUUAGAUUAUGUAAUUUGGAUAAAGCUGCUUAAUACUUAGAAGGAACCGUUUUUAAUUUAUAAGAAAUGAUUCAAUAGGAAAACAAUCAAAUCUUACUCAUUAAACGAAUGCAUCUCUUAGCUGUUGUACAAUUAUAAUACUGUGGAAUAUUAUCAUAAUUGAAUUAACAUUAAAUGGCAUCUAAUGUUGCCCAUUCUACCAUACAAUUACUUAAUAGACUUUUUGAUAUCAGUUACUAAUAUUAAAGCAGUUAAUAGACAAACAAUAAAAAAGCACAAAAAUAUUAAAAGGGACAAUACAUUUUUGAAGAGUAUGAUUUUAAGAAUCUGCUUCUAAAGAGAUCUAAUGAGUUACUGAAAUUCAUCAAACAAUUCAUUACUACUUAAUUAAUCGAACCUGAUGAAUAGUAAAAAUUAUCAGAAAUAGCAAAUCAAAUAUUUUCAUGGAAAUUGAAUACUUAACAUAAUGAUAAAUCACUUAGACAAUCCAUUUCUAAACUCAAUCAAAGAUCAAUGAUCGGUCUACUCAAUGAAAAUGAAUGGCUUAUAUCAUUUAAUGUUAACAACAUACUAUAUAUUCGUUUGCUUAGUUAUGAAGAAGUGUGUCUAAAAGGAGAAAUAUUAUAUGAAUUUAGUUAAAAGGUCUUAACUGAAAAAUUGAUACUAUUGUCAAUGGCCUAUUUUUAACUUGCAUCUGAAACAAGAUACUUAAAGAAUGAAUAAAAGUCUUAGUUUUAUCAUCUUAAAUCAAUUUAUAUUGUUAGUGAUGUGUUACCUGAUAAUUCUCCAUAUUUAGAUCAUAUCAUAUAAUCCUUUGGUACUCAUUACCAAUAGUAAUUAGAAACAAUUGUAUUUAUUCUUGCUUAUUCUAGCUUGAAGAAUAGUCCUUUGUUGAUUAGAGUACUAAAGUGAGUCUAAAGAGAAAAGAAAGUUUGAUGGCAAAUAAAGAGAAUUGUAAUGAUCAUCUUAAAUAAUUGAUUGAAAGUCUUUCAAAAGAUAAAAAAAAGAAGUAAGAAUCAAUCCAAAAAACUUUAAAUUAAUUAUCUAGUUUAAAAGACAGUAAUUCUAUUUUUAAUAUUUUAGAAUUAAAUAAAUAGAGAUCUGAAACGUUUUUGAAGAGAUUUAAAACUGAACCCAGUCUUCAUUUUGAUAAAAGUGACAAAAAUUGUAAAUAAAUUCUACAAUAAUUAAUGAAAUAAUGA